UUCUCCGCCGCAUUCGAUCGAUCCAUUAUUCGCCACAUGUUCCGCACUUCAGCAUCUUCAGCUACUUCAGCGCCUUCAGCUUUUAAGCGUGACCCCACCUGUUGUGAACAGUGAAUUACGCACCCGACUCCCGAGUCACCAUUACAAGAAUGGCUAAUAUCCUGGAGGGCUCAAGUGGUGGACCCGGGGGGCUCAUCAUCCGGAACAGUGGUCAACAGGCAUCCAAACCCAAACAGAAACAAUCUCUACUUGGUUUAGACAAACUGGCCGCACUCAAGAGGAAGAUUAAAGACGACGAAGAGAAAUUGAAAGCUCGCCAUGACUCCAGCAGUUCAAGUUCCUCUGAUAAUGAUGAAGAAACUGCAGUUAAGCGUUACAAACGAGGUGAUGUACAAGCCAUCAGCAAGUCAAGCUCUCAGGGUACAGAUAAAGCAAGAAUUUCUUCAAAAAAUUUUCGCGGCAAGUAUGAUGAAACUCCUUCGUACACAGGUGGUGUAAACUAUAAGGCUAGGGAACGAAUCACAGAGAAAUAUCGUCGCCACAAAGACAAAUACGUUCGUGCAUCAACCAAGGUCAAUUCUCGAGGAAGUACAUCUGAUAACGACGACCGACAUCAAAGUAGCCGAGUGGGUUCCAGUAAUAAGAGUGUUUCUAGAGGUGAUGGCGAGCAUACAGGACGAAGCGAGAGGCGCAGAAAUGACGAUGAUCGCAGCGACAGGCGUGAUCGAAAUGACAGACGUUAUCGUAACGAUGAUGGUCAUAGUGAGAGGCGCGAUCGACACGAAGGUGAGAGUGAGGCAUCGAGACGAUCUGAUCGUUACACCUCGGAACGCCGCGAUUGGUCUGAUCGAUAUGCAAGAACUCCAAGAUUUUCAGAGGAGCCUGGAACGCCGAGGAUAUAUGACAGUUUAUCCAACACUUCUUGGGAUGAGGACGAGUGUGAGAACAAGAAGCUUUCGCAGUGGGAUAUUACCAGUCCUAUGACAACUGGCAGGAAAAGGCAAGACGGAGACUGGUCACUUCGCAGCACGGCAUCAAACAUCAGAGAAGCGUUUCAAAAGUCUAAACGGAUGAGCGGCAGUAAAUUCUUCUCUAAAAAUGGCGCUCCACUUUCAACACCAACUUACGAAAACAAUUCUUGGACUAAAAACGAAGAGGAGGAAGAAAAGUUUGAUCCACAAAACGAGAGAGAAAAAGCCGAAUGGGAUGAAGAAGAGAAGAGGCUUGACAGACAGUGGUAUGACAUGGAUCAGGGCUAUGAUGAUACCAACAACCCUUUCGCUGAUGUCUCAGCUGAAUAUGAAAAGAAGAAAACCGAGAAAAUUGAAAGAACUAAAAAAAUGAGUGCCAAACAGAGGCAGAUCAUCAAAGAUAAUGAACUGUGGGAGCGCAACAGAAUGCUCACCAGUGGAGUAGUGCAGAAACUCGACUACGAUGAAGACUUUGAAGAAGAAUUCACGAACCGUGUGCAUAUUUUGGUUCACAACAUCGUGCCGCCAUUCUUGGACGGCAGAAUAGUUUUCACGAAGCAGCCCGAGCCCGUUAUUCCCGUUAAAGAUUCGACUUCAGACAUGGCUAUAGUAGCGCGGAAGGGUUCCGCCGCUGUCAGGGCUCAUCGAGAACAGAAAGAACGACGCAAAGCUGCGAGGAAAGAAUGGGAACUGGCGGGUACACAGCUGGGAGACAUAAUGGGCAUCAAGAAAGAAGACCAAACUGAUGACCGAAAACUUGAAGAAAAAGAAACUGAUUACAGAGCGGACCAAAAAUUCGCUGAUCACAUGAAAGAAACUUCUCAUGCCUCGAGUGAGUUUUCCAAAAAGAAAUCCAUGUCACAACAAAGGAAAUAUUUGCCAGCUUACGCUGUACGUGAAGAAGUACUUCGAAUCAUACGCGAAAAUCCUGUAGUGAUCAUUGUAGGGGAAACCGGGAGCGGGAAGACCACACAGCUGACUCAAUACUUACACGAGGAUGGCUACACAAAAUACGGAAUGGUCGGCUGCACGCAGCCUCGCCGAGUGGCUGCAAUGUCGGUCGCAAAACGAGUUUCUGACGAAAUGGGAACAGAACUAGGAGAGCAAGUUGGAUAUUCUAUUCGUUUCGAAGACUGUACGUCAGAAUCAACCGUUAUCAAGUACAUGACUGAUGGUAUAUUGCUCCGAGAAUCACUUAGGGAACCAGAUCUUGAUAACUACAGCGCUGUAAUAAUGGACGAGGCUCAUGAACGCUCCUUGAAUACGGACGUACUCUUCGGUUUGCUCCGCGAGGUGAUCACCAGGAGACAAGAUCUCCGCCUCAUUGUCACUUCAGCCACCAUGGAUUCUGGUAAGUUUGCUUCAUUUUUCGGUGAUGUUCCAGUGUACAUAAUUCCUGGCCGAACAUUUCCAGUCGAAAUGUUUUUCUCAAGAAAUGUUGUAGAAGAUUAUGUAGAGGCCGCUGUGAAGCAGGCGCUUCAGAUCCACCUGCAGGCAGAAGAAGGCGACAUCCUUGUUUUCAUGCCUGGUCAGGAAGACAUUGAGGUAACCUGCGAGCUGCUCGUAGAAAAGCUCGAAGAUUUAGAUGAUGCGCCUCAACUGGCCGUGUUGCCUAUUUACUCUCAGUUGCCUUCUGAUCUGCAGGCUAAAAUUUUCCAGAAAGCUCCAGAUGGACUCCGGAAAUGCGUGGUGGCUACUAACAUAGCCGAGACGUCCUUGACUGUGGAUGGCAUCAAGUACGUCGUUGAUUGUGGAUACUGCAAGCUGAAGGUAUUCAAUCCUCGAGUUGGUAUGGAUGGUCUUCAGGUUUACCCCGUGUCUCAGGCGAAUGCCAAUCAAAGAAUGGGUCGUGCUGGCCGUACCGGCCCUGGCAUGUGCUACAGACUGUACACUGAACGACAGUUCAAAGACGAACUUCUGCCUACAACUGUCCCGGAGAUUCAACGCACAAACUUAGCUAAUGUGGUGCUGCUGCUUAAAAGUCUCGGCGUGGAGGACCUAAUGGCUUUCCAUUUCAUGGAUCCUCCUCCACAAGAUAAUUUACUCAAUUCUCAAUACCAGCUAUGGACAUUGGGAGCUCUGGAUAAUACAGGUGGCUUGACACCUCUAGGUCGGGCCAUGGUGGAGUUCCCUUUGGACCCAGCGCUUUCAAAAAUGUUACUUGCUGGCGUGGACAUGGGCUGCUCCGAUGAUAUCCUCACUAUAGUUUCUAUGCUCUCAGUGCCUGCGAUCUUCUACAGACCAAAGGGGCGCGAGGAAGAGGCCGAUGCCAUGAGGGAAAAGUUCCAGGUUCCUGAGUCAGAUCAUCUUACUUAUCUCAACAUAUAUCGGCAGUGGAAACUGCAGAAGUAUUCGAUGAACUGGUGCAACAAGCACUUCUUGCAUUUCAAAGCAUUGAAAAAAGUCCGUGAAGUUCGAAUGCAGUUGAAAGAAAUCAUGGAUCAACAGAAGUUCAACGUUGUGAGCGCUGGUAACGACGAGGAUCUCAUAAGAAAGUGCAUCUGUACGGCUUAUUUCCACCAAGCUUGUCGCCUGAAGGGCAUUGGCGAGUACGUGAACCUACGCACUGGCACCCCAUGUCACCUACACCCGACGUCUGCCCUUUUCGGCAUGGGCUACACGCCAGACUACAUCGUGUACCACGAGCUCAUCAUGACGAGCCGGGAGUUCAUGCAGUGCGUUACGGCCGUCGAGGGAGGCUGGCUUGCGGAGGUCGGGGCCAAGUUCUUCAGCAUUAACGAAGGCGGUGCGUCUCGAGCGCAGCGCAAACGAUGCGCAGUGGAGCACAAGCACGCCAUGGAGAACGAGAUGAGCAGAGCCCAGCUCGCCAUCAAGGAGAGGGAAGAACAGAAGGUGCGCGACAUGUUAUCAUCGAGACGUCAGCAGAUUUAUGAUGUUGGCACUCCUCGACUGCAGCACUUGAAGAAGACUGCCACACGGCAAGAACCAGCGAGUGAUCGGUCGACGAGCAGCAGGAGUAACGCUCGUGCUGCAGUCGUCACACCUCGUCACACGGCCAUAAGCGAAGACGAUGACGAGGAAGGAGAAUGACCUCACUCUGCAGCCGUCCGCUCAUCCUUCACAUAACCUGAAGCCGCGACGCGCCUGCGCCGUCGCCGAGUUGCUCAUCAUUAACUCAAGAUCAUUUUAUGAUGCCUUGGCGGAGACUUAUUAUUAUUGGGUACAAACUGUAACUUUGAAUAGAUUUCUCUCUGGCAUGAUUCAAUCAUUUCUUUGAAACGCUUUUUCAUUUACACUCUAGAUAAAAAACCCUAUAUUACUACUAAUAAAUUUACACAAGCAAUCAAUAUUUUAUGUUCGGAAUGUAGCUUUAUGUUUGAAGCUGAUUUUUGUUUAUAGUCAGCUGCAGAAUUUGAAAAUCUGAACGUGUUAUUAUGAGUGUUAAUAUAAAUUUCGACUACUACU